AUGGCGACCACGACCUCCAACUAUUUCCCUCUGGCGACUGAGACGUAUUACCCAGGAGGUGCCGGCGAUGCUAGCUCACCGGGCGGCCACGUCGACAACGAUGCCGGUGCUUCUGGAGACAGCCCUGGAGCUGUCGGCCUCUCUCCUAAUGCCAUGAUUGCUAUCAUCGUGGUCGUAUCCAUCGUUGGCGCACUCGGCAUUGGCAUGGCUGUCUUAUUUUACAUAGCCAAGAAGCGUGAAUGGAAAAUAAGAGAGACUAUGCGCAAGUCAGCCAGAAAGGUUGUUACAGCCCUAACGCCGCGAAGAACCGAGUUUCCCAGAUCAGUCAAGGAGUCGAACUCGCCUCCCCGCAGCCACCGAGGGCGCACUAGACUUGACGACGUGCCCCCAACACCAAGACUUCGCCCAGAAGAUCUGGAAAAAGGACUCGCACAGGCUGAAUCGAAGCGAAAACUCAUGAAGUGGGGUCGCAAGUAA